AUGCAAUUGCCAACAACCACUGGAACCGUCCGGGUCGCCGUCACUCAGGCUGAACCAGUAUGGCUUGAUCUUGAAGCUACCGUUGUCAAAACGUGCGAGUUGAUCGUGGAAGCAGCAGAAAAUGGUGCAAAGCUGGUCGCCUUCCCCGAAUGCUGGAUCAGUGGUUAUCCAGCAUGGAUCUGGUCACGUAGUGUGGACUUCGACUUAACAUCACGAUACUUACAAAACUCGCUCAAAGUUGAAUCCCCGGAAAUGCAACGCAUUGCAGACUGCGCACAGAAGAACAAGAUCUUUGUUGCUCUCGGAUUUUCGGAGAACUUCCACGAUUCGGCGUAUAUUGCACAAGCACUCAUUGGGAGUGAUGGACAGAUCUUGCUCAACAGAAGGAAGCUCAAGCCAACACACAUGGAGCGAACAAUAUUUGGCGAUGCAUCAGGCGACUCGCUCAAGAACGUUGCGGAAACCAACUCCACACUUGGAAGAGUGGGAAUGCUGGCCUGCUGGGAGCAUACUCAACCUCUUCUCAAAUACCACACUUACCUUCAACGGGAGUCCAUUCAUGUUGCAGCGUGGCCGCCGCUGUGGGAGCACCGUGGCGGUCCAGGUUUAUGGUCCAUGGGCAUAGAAGGAGCUCAAUGCUUGUCCCGAACGUACGCAAUCGAGUCUGGGAGUUUUGUCCUCCACACGACAGCCGUGCUGUCUCAGAAGGGGAUUGAUGUCAUGAGGACUGGGACCGGCGCUCUAUUCAAUACUCCAGGGGGAGGAGGUUCUGCCAUAUUUGGUCCAGAUGGAAGGCAGCUGUCGCAAAAUCUGCCUGGGGAUGUCGAAGGCAUAGUUUACGCUGAUUUGGAUUUCCAGGCUAUUCUCCGCUCCAGGGGAUUUUUAGACGUGUGUGGUCAUUAUAGCCGGCCAGAUAUGUUGUGGCUGGGCGUAGAUGAUACCGAAAAGAAGCAUAGAAAGCCCAUAGAUCCCAAGCUCUGA